GUCAACGUGGUCCCAAAGGAGUUCCAGUAAGUUUCUUUUCCUUUCAGGUUUUGACAGCUUUUCUGUUAUUUGACAUUAGUUGAUUAAUGUGUCUCUCUCUCUUCACAAUGAUUCAUUCCUCUCUCCUUCUUCACCCUUUUUUACCUACUAGGGUGAAUCUGGUCCGAAAGGGGAAAGGGUGAGUUUUUCAGUGACAUUUUCUGUAUCUCUGAGAGCUAUAUUCACCCAUAAUGUUAGUGGUAUAAUCCACUGUAAGGUAACAUAAAAGUGUUUAUUACAAAAUCACAAGGUUUUCGUUUGAAUGGUGAGUCUCUAACUCACUAUCCAUCUCUCUCUCUCUCUAGGGCGUAUGUGGAGACUACAGUCACCGGGUAAGUGAAUAUUAAUUCAUGUAUACCUUGGAAUGUUUAUAAAGUGACUCUAGAUGACCAUACUGAACUGUAAUAAUGUUGUUGCUGGAAAAAUUACCUCUCAGUGAUCUCUUACAGUAGCACUGCAAUGGAUGGUGCUAAAAUGUGCUUGUAUGCUGACUUGCAGUCUCUGUGAUGUGUUCUCUGUAGCAAAUAACAUUGUUCUCUUCACAGGUACAGACAUAAACAAAGUGAAUUGUGGGGUCUGCACUGUAAUAGCAGUGUGUUGAAGUAAUACAAAAUCAAAAAAGAGGCAAGACAAAUGAGUCUAUGAUGGGUAGCACAUGCAACACAUAAGAGGCAGGCAGCCCCAUUAUGCAAAUCAGGCCUUCUCUCAGGGGCUUGGCUGUUUGAGUGAAAACAAGGCAAUUACUGGUAGCCUACUGGAGCAUACACUACGUGAUAAAGGUCUAUGUGUGGGGGUGCCAAGAAAAAUACUCUUCUGUGUACUCAGGGAUUGUUCAGAUAGCUAAGUCCAUUUCCAAUGUAAUUCAACCUCCCAUUAUGUAAUGGCUUCUGUAAAGUAUUUUGUUUCCCCAGUAAAGAAUACUGUAGGUAUCAAAGAGCUCAUGACAACAACUCAAAGCAUGUUGAAAACAAUGCUUAUUUGAUAUACUCUGCAACAUGUGUAGGCUAAAUAAACAAGUAUUGCAGAGAAUGUGUAGUUGAGAGGGAGAAGGUCAGAGCAUUUGGGGUUGUUUAAAACCUUCAGCCUGUGCUGGUUCCCCCGCCAUACUGUGCAUGCAUUGGAUUGUUUUCACACACGUCUCGGAGCCCCCCGGCACACACACUGCAUGGGAGGUCCCUGCCAGCGGGUGGUUCCACUUAGGUCCUCCUUGUCCUACAGGGGGAACCGGGAGGGAUGGGGAGGAGGGGGAUUAGGCUCAAGCAGGAUGCUGUUCAACAGAGUGGGAGGGGGGAGCAUGGGUGUGUUGGUGUUUCAGCAGUGAGACGGAGAUAUCAACAGUUAUUCUAUGUGGGUGUGUGGCCCGUGUGGGUGUAGGGCCUCUUUGUACAGGAUCUUCCAGUGAAAACCCUGGCUGCUGUACGUUCCAGUCAGGCUCUGACGUUUAAGGUUUGUGGGUGACCCCAAAACUGUGUCCCAGUCGUGCCGCAAAGAGAGCCAGUGCUCCACUCCCAGGCGUACCUACCCCUCUGUCCUCCACAAGUGGGGUCAACAGGUUACAGUAGAGGAGUGCUGUUCUCCAAACCAGGCCUGGUUCUCAUACUGUCCACUGUUUAUCUAGAUUCAGAGUGGACAUAUUAUGACAGACAUCGGCCUCAAUUUUCAACUCUUUCAUUCAUUAUAUUUCUGAAUGCCAGAAAAUGCACCACAUAAUGUAUUUUACUCUAUUGGUUUUGUGUCAAAAAGCCAUUUUACAUCUUCAGUCUACUUUUUGGGUCAAUUUAAGUUGGUGCGAUUUGCGGCAUGUGGGUGUGUAUGGUGGAUAGCUCCUGCAAUGGUGGGAGAUUAACAACACACUUGCCUACUUUUCAUUUAUUUCCUUCUCCUCCCUGUCUCUGCUUAUCAAUAAUCACAUACUGUAUAUAUUUCCUCAUUGAUACCUCAGCAUAUCAUUUUACUUGAUCAAUGUUAUGUUAAAUCUAGUUUCAAACGUCUUUGGCACUGACAAAUGUAUUUGGCAACUUCAGAUAAAGUGAUUUUGAUAUUAAAAAGGUGGGGACAUAAUAAAAAAAAUAUAUAUAUAUAUCCCUUCCAUCAAGUUGGAAAUAUAUACUCUAUGUUAAAAGUAGUCAAGUUGUACAGAUCAGGUUCUGCUGUAUUUGAAUGGGGAAAGCAAUGGGACCAUACAGUAUUGUAGUCCUCUGUAAAACUUUACCUGAUAAUGCUGGUGAAUCUCAACAGAAGCGGCGUAUUGUACAGCCCUGUGUUGGAGGAUUGGCCACAGUAAGUCUGUACUCUCUUUGUGGCAAGACUGAAUCCUACCUGAUCUCCACUCAGCUACAACAGGACAGGGGGCAGGAGUACAGUUGAUCUGGGUGAUUUGAUGUCUAAACAACUAAACUGCUGCUCUUAUACAAACACCCAAUGGGGCUGCCUAUUGCUUAAACUGGCAGCAUUUUAUCUGAUCAAUUACUAUGUUGUACAGUAUUUGACCUGAAAUAAGGUAGUGUUUAUCAUGGUAUCAGUAUCCAAUCUGACCAUCAAGGCACAUCAACACUCCCAUUUGACACCAACUCCUGGCCCCUAAUUUGCACUGUUGUUACUUUGCUCGCUCUCUCUCUUUCUCUCCCACCUCCUCUCUUCUCUCCCUGCCUUGCCAUUUUCUUGCUGUUCACUCUCAUGUUUUGUUUAUAUUUCUCUCAUUCUUCUUCUCCCUUCCCAAACCCCCCUCCCCUUCUCAUUCUGUCCUGUUUCCUUUCCCUGGCCUCCUGGUGAACUUGUUGCCCCGUGACUUUCUUAUACCGCUGGCCACCUGUGCUUUGUGACUUCAGCAGAUGUUGCCCAUCACCGUGCGCAACAUGCCCCAAAUAAGCCCUCUAAUCCUAAAGCGCCUCAAGGUACAUUUCUCUCUGCCAAUUCCUGCCCCUUUCUGCCUUUCUCUGGAUGCCAACCGCUGUCGACCUCCGCCAAACCCCCCGUAACCCUCUGUUAACCCUCUAUGGCACCUGGGUGUCUCAAACCUGAAUUCUGUGAUAAGAAGACAAGGAUAGUGUCAGAGAUAGAUACAGACCUGGUAGAUACAGUUGGGAUCCCAAAAAUAAACAAAACGAUACUAUUUACUUUGAGCAUAUUCGUGACCAUAGAGGGUUAAGAAAAAAAAUCUGAUAUAUGCAGUGGAUUAUAUAAAUAGCUCAGACUUCAAGGCCAAUUUAAAUUCCAUUAAUGUAAAUGAAAUGUCGAAAAAUCCCAACUUGACUUGUUAACUGGUCCAACAAAUCCUGCUUUUCUGUGGGAAAGAAAGCAGUUUUUAGGCAAAACAUAAAAAGCCUAGCUUCUAUGAUUUCCAUAACUUUAGCAAAGAUAUGAAAAGAACAGGAAAGAAAAGUGACCUUUUUCUGGCAGGAAGUGAGUCUUCUCCAAUCCUCUGAAAGGACCUCAGUGUCCCUCCCUGUGCCCAGAGCCCAGCCUGCUCUGUUAGAAAGAGGGCCCCUGGCACAGGUGGACCCCUGUUGGCAUCCCUCCUCCAUCUUGUUUCCCCAGGUGUGCAGUCUCUUUGUGCCAGGAUGGAAUACCUUGUUUGGAGACAAUGCUACACACUGUGGUAGAUCCAAGACUAAAGACAUAGAGGGGAAAUACCACCCAGAUCCAGGCAGAAUUGGCUCUGCUUUUUAAAUUGAGCCCCUGGAAUCAGUCCGGUGCAGCAUAACGGAAUGUGUUCAUUUAAUGGAAGCACACCCGGAUCAUAAAUCAUAGCUAGACACAUCCAUCCUGCAUGGAAUUGAUCAUGUGGAUGGAUGUGUUCCGGGUUAUCUGAGCCUCGAUGUCAGGCCUGGCAACAGAAGCAGAAGUAUGGUGUAGCCUACUCCACAGUGAUUAGGAAGUGUUUAAAUUCAAGGCCGUUAUUGUGUAUUAUGAAGUUUCUAAAGUUAAACCACAUGUACAGUAAUAAAUAAUCUGUUUAUUGUAUAAAAAGGAAAUGACCUUGGAGAUAUUCACUGAUAUGGUUUUAGUAUAGUAAGUAAGCCAAUAAAUACAUUUCUAAGAAAGUAUAUUUUCUGAGUUUGGUCAAGUAAAGAAAGUAGACGGUUUGAGACAUAAUCAAUGGGAUCGUAUAACGAUGAGCUAUGCACUGGAAUAUCAAGACAAGUUUAGUAGAGGUGUAGGUUCUCUUUCCUCUUCGUAUCCGUUCCUCAUAAAUAUUUUAGUCCUGAUUUUGUUUAGUCUUCUAUAUUGUUUUGGAUAUUUCCCCUGGCUCACAGUUGAGUUUCCUCAGAUGAACAAUAAAGAGAGAUCAGUUGGAGUUUUUGGUGCCUUGAAGUAACACGCCACUCAAAGAUCGUAAGAUGCUACAGAAAAGACAGCUUGUGCCCUUGUUUAUGUCAAUGAGUUGGUACUGCUGAAAACACAAACUGGUUUUGACAGGAUAAACCAUUGAAGCACACAAAAACACAAAUAUAUCCUAAUUUGAAUUCAAAGUGGUAUUCUCUCCAAACAUGGUGCCCAAUGAAAAUAAACACCCUUAUAACUCUCCUAUCAGUCUUGAUUUCUACUAAUAUUGCCCGCCAUAAAACUCCCAGUAUGUGUAGUGCUUUGAUGUGUUACGUUGGCAUGGCCUGGCAUCGCGUAGCAGAUGGUAACUGUAGGUCUCUCAGCAGGGCGAGCCUGGAGUUCAGGGCCCACCAGGACCUCCCGGCCCCCCAGGGACCUCAGGGACCCCCGGACUGAACGGCGCAAGUGGACCACCGGUGAGUCCCCUCAACCAGCUGACCACCACCAUCAGGACUGGACCAGUGACUGUAUUGAGGCAGAGGCUAUGGCCAAGGAAGUGGAAAUGUUAUGAGUGUUUGCCCAGAAGAUUAUUGUAUCGGUGAUGUAUAUUUUUCCUUAAUCUGAUGUAGGGUAAACCCGGUGAACCAGGAAAACCUGGAAAAGAUCCAAGGGUGAGUUUGGUUUAUGCCUCUUGCAUUUUCCUGGACUUAUGUAUUUUCCUAAUGGAAAUCUGGUAUUGACGUGCUUGUGACCUUUUCAUCUUCCUUUCCCAUUUUCUCCAGCUCCUACCAGGGAUGAAGGUAAACAUCAUUUUUAUUCUCCAUAAUCAACACCAUUAUACAUAAACUAAACAUAAAUGGACACGUAUUACCACUACUUAUAGCUGCACAUAUGAAAUGCAAAUGAUCCGUGAUUGGCACAUAUCUCUCGAUUGUCAAGUGUAGCUUCCAGUCAUUCUGUAUCUGAAGUUGAUGUUAGGAAGCCUACAGGGUGUGUAUUUGUGUUCUCUGUGUUGCUAUUGGACUAGAGGACUAUAUUUCUCCUGUUUAUUGCCAUGGAUUAUUAAGAAUGAGGAAUUUAGAUUGUGGAGCAUGGAAACAGACAGGCAGGGCCUUUAAAGCAGCUCGCCCAACCAACUUCUCCAUAAAAAACGAAAACAAGUUCAUAUCACAGCCAGAAGUUGAAAGAAGUGUGCCCUGUAACUUUUGAUUGGCUUUCACAACAAGGAAUACCUUCCCUGAACUGGACUGUGGCAAGAUAUGGCCAUCUGGUUGGAAACCAGUCUUUGAACCCAAAUUGAAUUAAAGUAGUGCGUUAUCUUUUGUUGACCCAUCCAUGUAAUGAAAGAGGAGGCAUAACUACUACACAUGCUGUCUGUUACAGUGACUUUAUAUUAACCUUUCUGUCAUUUCAGGGUGAGCCAGGCAUGCCAGGAAUAAAGGUAGGUUUUGGAUCUCAAUUAAAGCUUAAAUACAUAGUUCAAUUGGAAUUUGUGGUCUCUUGAAACUCACAAAUUGUGCAUUUCAUGAUUGAUAGAUAUUUCAAGUUAGAGGAAAAGUAAUGACCGUCUAUUAUUUUUUAUUUAUUAUCAAGCACCUGCUGGGAUUAAGGCACAACCAGAAGGAAGAUAUUUCAUUUAAUCAUCCUACGACUUGAUUGAAAAACAUGCUGUUUGCUGCUUGUCAGAAUGGCUACAUUCAUACAAUGAAUGUGCCGAUCGACAAUGGGCUGUGUUCUCUAGCAGAAGUUACAGACUAGAGAUAGGAAAUCCAGUUGUUGAGAACAAGAGUUAGGUGGAUUGUACAAAUCAUUGUGAUCUGUCUUGCUGUCAUCUGCAGUUCUGCACCCUGUUACUUUUUCAUUCUUUCAUUUUCACCCUCCUCUUUCUCAUUCUGUGUCUCCGUUUUUUCUUUGUGUCUUUCUUCCAUAGGGUGAGGUUGGCCCUGCUGGUCCUGAAGGCCCGAAGGUAUUUCUAUGAACAUUAUUACCUGUUGAUAAGUUUCAUUUGACCUGUUCCACUCACCAAACUAUCAGCAGGACCAGAAAUCAGCAUGCAACCAUUCCUGUACCUCAGUGUACUUCCUACAUCAAUGAAAUAGCACAGGUUUUAUAUUAAGAGCUUAAACUGCUCAGAGUGAAUUAUAUUUAUAUACCCAGGCCCAACUGCAGCCGUACUCCAUCCUAACCAUGGGCUUUUUCUCCCUCUGCUCUCACAAUGUCCUUUAGUAUUAUACUAUACUGUAUAGGAAAUCCAGGGAUGGACACAGUCCCAUACCAUCAUUGGUCAAGGGAGCAUUCCUCUCACACAAGCACACACACACACUCUCCCACUGGGAGCUAACCUUGUCUUUGAAGUGCUGCGGGGUGCAGAGAGAGCCGUGCCUCUUAAACUCUCCACGUGCCUGUCCUUCUCCACUUUUCCAUGGCUUAAUGGACUUCCUCUGGAAGGCUCACUCUCACAGCAUCUGCCCUUCACUGAGCUGGGCUCAGCCAGCACACAGUGUGACUGCACAGAGAGAGAGGGGGGGAAUAGGGGUAGAAGGAGCGAGAGAAAGAAAGAGGGAAAGAGAUAGUGAAAAGGGAAGAGAGGGAAGAGGAGAAUGGUGUAGAGAGAGGGUGAGAAAAGAGAAGGAGAGAAAGAAAAAAGAGGGAUUGAGGGAGAGGGAGAGAGAGAGACCACAACAGCCUGCCUGGCUCUCACAUCCCCCAACAAAACAGGGUCACAUCCACACGAGCCUCUGGAGCAGGUUAAACGUCUUAGCCAUCUGGGCAAUGUCAAACUGUUUGGCUGCCAAACUGUUUGGCUGUCAGCAAACCACAACCCCUCUAUGACGUGAUCCAUUCUCAAAGUCAUUAGUACACUACCUCAAGUGAGAUAUUGAACGUUUGAUUCAAACCGGGUGAGGUUGUAAAAUAGAUAUUUCUGUAUGACAAUUGCCAUUUAAUGACUUAUGUUUGACCCGUAUUUUGGGGAACUCUGGAAGAACCUACAGCUCCCAGCUCCUGGUUAUGUUAUAGCCUUGUAAACUCCAGCUUUCCUCCAUCUCACUGUUUUCCCAUGAAGCUCAGUCUGGUUUAUGAGGAGGUUGGUCAACCCUACAGUAGGUUACCCAGAGGACGAUCAAGACUAAGGCCAUAGCCAUGGUCUUAUGAGGAGAAUUUCACCCCUUUGAAAGUUAGUAUUGCACUUUAGAUGUUCCGAGGUGUUUGAGUUACUGAAAUGUGAAGGCAUUGAAAUACAAACUCUCCCAUGUUCCCACUGCACCCUGGUCCAAUACCUUUCUGUAGCUGCGACAAACGUUUGCUCAUAAGUCCACUGCUUUCAGAGUGUAUUGCACCAUCUAGUGGCAUUCUACAGGAGUGUAACUACAUUUACAGCGGCAGAAGGAGAGGGUCUUCCUCUCAACUUCAACUAGCUGUAUUUUCAUGUAUUGAAAAAGAAAUCAAAGGAAUUAUUUAUAAUAUGUAACUAACUGUUUUGUGUUUCUCUGUUUCAUUCUCUUUCCUUCCAUAGGGACUGAAGGGAGACCUAGGGCUGAAGGUAAGAGCCUUAUUAAAUCUCACCCUCUCUCUGUGUGUUGUUGGUUAGAUAGGUAGUAUGAGCAAUGGUGUCUCACAGGCUCAAUGUGAAUUUCUUGGACAGUCAAAAACACAAUGUGGGAGUUCUGGCUGCUUAUUGUUUAGCCGACACCUGCUGAAGCACAAAUAGACCCCAGAGACCGCACACCACUGACUUUGGUCCGUUAAUAUAUUUUCAUGAAUGGGCUGAAUUAUCUCACUAAAAGCCUCGCAGGAGAGGAACCUCCCAGUGAAAACAUGUGGUAGUGGGUGUGCAGCUGCCAGCCGGUAGCAGGUUGUUAAUAUCUAAAGUAAACCGGGAGUCUUUAUCUGUAGACAUAGACAAACCCUGGGCCGGUUCCUGAGUCUGGUCGAGAUAUCAUCCCAGUUCAAAAAGCCCAAGUGGCGUGGCCUUGUCCUGUGUAAUUCCCUCCUGGUUAGUAGGGUGGAAUAUUCACCUCCCCCUUCAGUCCAGGGACCACCAUGACAGGCCUCAUAGCCCAAAAGCUUAGAUGUUGAUGAAUGGAAUACUUAUUUCCCUUGGUACCGUUGGUUGUCUUUUGAUUUCCUCUAUUUGAAAUAGCAUGAUUGCUUUGCCCAUGUCUCCAUCCACACUGUAGGGAGAUGAGGGGAAGACAGGUCUCAUAGGGGAAAGGGGAGAAAAGGUAUAAUGGAAGCUAUAUGUGGAGUGUGGCAUCUUGAGAAGUUAUUUUAUCACUGUGGAGUUUGUUAUGGCUUGUUUAAGAUAAUCACCCCAAUAGAGUUUGUGCUGUUGAAAUUGCAAAUGGUCUUUCAAUUAUCUUAACAUUGAUGUUUUCUUAAAUUACAUUUACAUUACAUUUUAGUCAUUUAGCAGACGCUCUUAACCAGAGCGACUUACAGGAGCAAUUAGGGUUAAGUGCCUUGCUCAAGGGCACAUUAACGUCAUUUAGCAGACGCUCUUAGCCAGAGCGACUCACAAAUUGGUGCGUUCACCCUAUAGCCAGUGGGAUAACCACUUUACAAUUUGGGGGGGGGGGGGGGGGGGGGGGGUUAGAAGGAAUACUUUAGCCUAUCCCAGGUAUUCCUUAAAGAGGUGGGGUUUCAAAUGUCUCCGGAAGGUGGUGAGUGACUCCGCUGUCCUGGCGUCGUGAGGGAGCUUGUUCCACCAUUGGGGUGCCAGAGCAGCGAACAGUUUUGACUGGGCUGAGGGGGAGCUGUGCUUCCGCAGAGGAAGGGGAGCCAGCAGGCCAGAGGUGGAUGAACGCAAUGUCCUCGUUUGGGUGUAGGGACUGAUCAGAGCCUGAAGGUACAGGGGUGCCGUUCCCCUCACUGCUCCAAAGGCAAGCACCAUGGUCUUGUAGAAGGCAAAUCAGAAGGCAAAUGUUUAUUUCAGUCAUCACAAUAUGUGGGCAAAUGUGCUCUGAAUGAUUGAUCUUAAACAUCAUGUCAUGCAAUCAAAGAAACAGACCAAAUGGGGGUGGGAGGAGCCUUCCAGAAGAAAUGUGGCUGUUUUGCCCAUCGCUGCUGACAUGAAUGCUUCAACAACAACUGGGCUGCUCUCAUCCACCCAUUCCCCCUCUGGGAUUUGAACACGUGCCCCCCAGGCCUUCUCAGUCCUUUGACUUUGACUCAGUCUCUUAUAGACAGUGAGCAGUGGCCUCUAUGGGACAUUCUCCAGUGAUGUGACCGACUGAUGUAGCAUGGCCAUUUGUUUUCUUACCUGUCAGCUCCCUCCCUUGAGUCUCGGACUCACGGCCGACCGUUUCCAUGGUGAACAUCCCCGCUUCCUCGGCCCGAGACACCCGAAACAGCAGUAGCAGCCGGCGUGUGUUUCCCCCAUUAGACUCCACAGAUGGAGGAAUUGGGAAAGAGAGAGAAAAACACUUCAAGUGAAGGGCGCUUUAUACAGGGACAUGGUAUCCACAGCAACAGUGGGGUUGUGAGAGGAAUGGCUCGAAUUGUUUUAUACUAAAGAGAAAGUGCUUUUGCAGGCAAACGGUUCAAAGCUGCAAUAGAUUCACCUUAGGAUAUUGGGUUUGCCUCUGCCCAGGGGAGCUUUGUUCUAUAUUUGUACUCACAAUGUUGGAUCAGGCUUACUGUAUUGUACAACCAGAUUGUAAUAAAAAUAACAGGUAAAGGUUUGUGGCAUGGGCCAUCAUCGUUAAUGUCCACAUGGUGCUGACCACAAGUCUGACCGAGCUAUAUAUCUCCAGACUGAACAAUCUCAAGGCCCUCACUCAGCAGGCUACAGUCGCCAGGCUACAGUCGACAAGCUACAGACGCCUGGCUAGACAUAGAGGAAGUAGACAGGACAGCCAUAGACCUCCUCCUCUGCUCUGCCUUCAUAAUGGUGAACUAGCUCACCAUUACUGUACAGUGGUUCGCCAUUAGCCCUGUAAUGACGGAUGUCUCUCCCCCGGUCUGGAGGGCUGGUUGAUUGAGCCUGUUAGACUGUUAGAAAAGCCUGCUUUUAAUUUCUCCCUUGGGUCAGAGCUGUGUGGGCACUCCGAGACGCUCCUGUCAGCGAAAGCAGAUGACAGAGACCCAGAGACAGUGGAUAAGGUGACAGUGGUGCUCAGAACACAGGGGGAAGAGGUGUUAGGGGAUGUAGGCUUUGCCAAGCCUAGCGUUUCAGACACAGACUGUCUGUCUGACUGACUGAAUGGGGCUCUGCCCUUCCUCUACCCUCACUCUCCCUUGAAAUCAGAGAGCCCUAGACCAACACAGCUGGAAAGCACAUUAGAACUGAGGGGAAGACAGAAAUUAGGCCUUUCUAUUCACCUACCUAGUGCUAUUAUUCCUUUCACUUGCCUCAGAUCCACUCUGGCAGUGCUUGUAGCUGCAGUGGCCAUUUUUAAGGCCGUCUUACAGUAUCUCACACUGUUUUACUGGUGUAUCAGAGGGAUCAUUAGAGCUUAUUUUGAACAGAUGAUGAAUCUAUUCCCCUGUUACCCUCAGGUCAUUUCCUCUGAACUGGAAAGGCCAUGUCCGCGUCGUUUCAAUGAAGAGAUGAGCGUAUUGAUAAAUCAAGCACCAGGCAUGUCAGCCGACAGAUUACGCCCAUGGAGUAUCAUACACACACACCGGUGUGAAAAUAGAACCAGGGGGUGGGGAGUGACGCUGACGGGAAGGGAUAGCUAAAUAGAUGGGAGGAAUGGUGUGAGCUGAUUGGAGAAGCAGGAGAUCAAAGCUUCCUGUUUCUGUGCUGUGUUUGCUGGGGGCCCCUGAGGGCCCUACCAUGCGAUUAAAGCCGUCACCACUCACCUGCCCUGAUCCCACCCUGGCCAGGGGUCUGGACAGGAGGCCCGCCCGGCGCUUUCAUCUUCCCAGAAAUGGUUGGACACUCUAUCCCCACGUGACGAUCCCCUGACAGGUUGGUGUGAAAGCGUUCAUGGGGCAGCUGGGCAGGCUGUGGCUGCGGGGCUCUGGCUCCAGUACAGUCUGCAGUUUACUGGCGCACCACCCUCCCCCUCCCUCUCUCACCAUCCCUCGAUGGUGAGCCCCAACCACAGCACCUGUCAGAGGCUCCAGCAGAAAUGCACUUGCUGUGUGUCGGUCGGUCAGGAGGGGGAGGGUAGGGGUUGCCAAGUUGGGCGAUGCCACCUGCCCCUUUGUCAGACCCUUAGGAGUCAGACUGACGCCUUUGCUCCCUCUGCCAGGGACGUUCCACCACUCCUCCCCGUGUCUCUGUUCUUAUUUGUUUAUGUAAUCCGGUGUAUUCUUGAGGAUCUUGGUCAUGGACAUUGAUCAUUUGUUUUCAUUACUUUAAAACAUGACAUGGCAACAAAUAAAUAUGUUUUGGUUGGUUGAUGUGCUUCCAAUUAGUGUGUUUAAUUUGAGCUUCAGUGUGUUUCGUCAACCCUAACACAUGCAAUACUGUAUGUGUUGUCCUGCAUCUUGUUUGAGAACAUUGUUACUGUAGUUAUUGAUAAUCAAUGCAAUCUCUUAGGGGGACUUUGGUAUGCCAGGAAUGCCAGGGAAACAAGGAUUGAAGGUAGUCCAACAUGUGCAAGUAGCCCCUGACCUUUGACCCUUGUCCUAAACCAUACAGUGUAUCUGAGAUGAAAUAAUUGGGGCACUCCAGUAUCUUCCUCCCUCCAGAUUGUUCCUCCCCAGACUCGUUGAUCUAUAAAUGCUUUUGAGAAUGCCUUAUAUAUAUUACCUGGUACUAAACUGUAUGCUUAAAGAACUACCAGCCUUCUUUCCCAGUAUUCUGUCUGUUGGACUGAAUUGUUGCCUGACAAAGCCUUUCCUAAUCCAAAUGUUCUCUAAAAUACAUGUCAAACCAAUGAUGAAUAUAGUGCAUGGCCUUUUUGGCUCUGAAUAAUACUCCCAGGUCCAAUGGUUGUCCUGCAUCUUGAUUUAAGAACCAUAUCUUGACAUUGAUGAUUAGUAAUUUGAAAUAGGGCAUAAAUGUCUAAGACAUGGCUUUUGAGUCUCAGCAAGCCAAGUAGAUACAGUAAAAGCAAGCGAGAUAGACAGGCUGUGUCCCAAAUGGCACCCUAUUCUCUAGAUAGUGCACUAGUUUUGACCAGGCCUCUGGUCAAAAGUAGUGCACUUUAUAGGAAAUAGGGUGCCAUUUGGGACACAGCCACAACCUUCCGUAAGUGACUGCUAUAAACCCAUGUGGGUCCUGUGGUCACAGCUGUGACCGUACAUCAUCCACCGUACGUCUGCUCGUUAAGCUGGCCAAUUGAAGUGGGGAGCAAACACAGAGAUGAAUUAAAUAACUAUCAUGUGUUCUUUACUAUUUAUAACAACCAAUUUCUAGGGUUAAUCGGCUUGCGGUGGAUUAGAAGCUCUUGACGAAUGACAAUCAGCGACAGUUCCAUGUCCAAACCCAGACCAGCUAUAUGCGUGCAUAGAAUGCACCAACCCCAACAUGCCUUUCCAAAUAUUGAUCCCAGUGCAUGUUGUACUGAGGGAAUUCUGUUCUUCCAAGAAAACUGACAAACACAUGGAUGUGAACAGGCCCCAUGCUGAUUCAGACUAUUACAAAAUUAAUGAAAAAUGCUUGUUUGGAAUAUGUGGCAUGGCUACUGAUUUAAAAGAGACAAGCUUUACUGAAUACCAACUUUCACUCUUUCUGUCUUCUCUCUUUUCCCCCACCUUUGACCUUUGUGCCAUCUUGGCCACCGUAGGGAGAGCCAGGUUUUCCAGGCACUCCUGGAAGAAAGGUAAUUUCCUUGGAAUGGUGUGGCUAACACAGAUUGUAAAAGCCUAAAUUUAUCCGGGUACUAAAACUCUGUCUUCCUUCUACUGUAAAGGGUCAAGCUGGUACCCCUGGAACACCUGGUAUUCCUGGAAAGAGGGGCUACAGGGUAUUUGUGCUCUGUGUCUGUCAAUCAUCAGUGUUCCCAUAACAACCAGAGCUCCAUCAAGUCAAUUAUCUAUUAUCGUCUCAUUGUUUGUCUUUGUGACUGACUAGAGUUGCGAUUAGUCUUGAGUUGCUUCUAUCUCCUCUGUUAGUCUGCCCAAUUGGUUUGUGUAGAAGUACUUUGAUCAUUGCAUUAGCUAUGGACUGAAACAUCUGGGUCUUUAAUGUCUUUCUUGCUAUAGCUGCUUGUACUGCAGUGAUGCAGCGUCAUCAUAACAUGUUCCAAAUGUGUGAAAACAUCCUCUGGUUGGAGAAUGCCGUGAUCUUUGUAGAUUUGAGUUUGUGCCUGUGUUGAGGGAAUAAGAUCUAAAGCUGUGGACAAGGGGCUGUGCUGUUGGAUGUUUUCAUGUGAUUCACUUUGUAAUUUAGAUCCAUAUAGAUCCGUUGUGUCUUUUGUGAGACUAAUCUUCAGUGCUGUACUUUUUAACUCCCAUCAAUGUAGAGAAUGUGUUGUCCUGUACAGUCAUUGAUGACACUGUCAAAAAAUCGAAUCAAAGUUUAUUGGUCACGUACACAGUUUAGCAGAUGUUAUAGUGGGUGCAGCGAAAUGCUUAUGUUACUAACUAGCUCCUAACAAUUCAGUAAAAUGUCAAACAGGUACACAAAUAAUCAAUUUAUAACAACUCUGUCCAUGUUCUGUUCUGUGGCAGGGUGACAAGGGUGAACCCAGCGCAGCAGGGACUGGCAUCAAAGGAGAACCAGGGACACCAGGACUUCCAGGCCUCUCAGGAUUCAAGGUACUAUAGCUACCCAAAUAGAGGCUGUAGAAUAGUAAGAAAAAGCCACCUUGGUUUAAUAAUAUCAUGGAUGCCCAUUAAAAUGAUGUGUUCUCGUUUCCAGGGUGACAAAGGCGACCAAGGUCUCAUGGUGAGAUGAGAACUUUUCAUAACCUCAGUUGACAUUUUUGCACAACAAGAAAUGUAUGAUCACCAAACAUUAUCCUCUAAUUUGCUACAGUAACGUUCGAUCCCAUCCUUUUAGUGUUGAACACUGCAUUGAGGUUAAUAUUUGGAAGGAAAGAGGCUAACUGUCAUACCUUUCCUCAUCCUCCAGGGGGAAGAAGGAUCUGAUGGCCCAGCUGGACCAAGAGUAAGUGCAGGCUCUGUCAUAACACAUUCAUUAAUGUCAAUAGGAGAUUUGGGAGAUUUUCUCAAAUAAAUUAUUAUGCAUUUUUUAUCCUUAACUUUAUAGGGUCCUCCAGGUGCAGCAGGGGAGCCAGGAAAAUCAGAAAUCCUCAACAAUGAAAAUGUAUGUCACCAAUUAUUUACUGCCUUAUGUAAAGUGUUUGAUUCAUGAAGUACUAUAAAUUGUAACAGGACUUCUAACAUUGUGUUUUUUCUCCUUAGGAUAUUCGGAAUGUACCUUUGAUGGUGAGUAGAGGUCUCUAAAGUCUGUUAAUGAUGCUUUAGAAAUGUAUAGGCCUUCUUUAUGCAGGUCGUUGUAACAAAAAGACAGCUAUGUCAUCCGACAGACCAUUUAAAGGCUUACUCUAUUUUGCCACUGUAAUUGCAAUACAAUGUUUGCUAACAUGAAUACAGUACUAGACAUACAGCAUAUGUUUUCAAUAAGUAAUUCUGAUCUCUCUUUAUCGACCCAGGGCCCACCUGGACUACCUGGCCCUCCAGGGGUCCCCGGAACACCAGGAACAAAGGGUGAAGUUGGACUUCCAGGCCCUUCAGGUCUUGAUGGAGAGAAGGUUAGAGCGCCCUCCUAUUGUCUAUUCUUCAGUAGAAAUGUGCAUUGUUAAGCUGUCAUGUAUGAUAUUUCCCGGGGGGUGCCCCUUUUUGGGGGGAAAAAUUUUCAAAAGGUUUUAAAAGGGCCCCAAAAAAAAAGCUACCUUUUUUUUAAAAUAGAGGGGGGGGGAAAAAAAACCCCCCCCCUUUUGGGGGGGGAAAAAGGGGGGGAAAAAGGGGGGCCCCAAAAAACCCCUUUUGGUUUUUAAAAAAAUUUUUUUUUUCAUUUGGGGAAAAAAAAAAAAGGGGGGGGCCCCCCAAAAAAAAUAGUUUUUUAUGUUUGUAAAGGGGACCCCAAAGUUCCAAAAUGGAACUUCUAAAGGUUUUUCCCAGGGAAUCAAUUACCUUUGGGGGGAGAAAGGGGUCCUAAAGCUUUAAGUGUUGAAAGUUUUGGUUUUUUUGAAAAAAGAGCUAUUUUCAUCCAGCCAUAAAGGGUUACCAUUUUGACAAGAAUCAUGUUGCAACAAAUAAGUCUAGAAUGCAUUUUUCAAAAUAUUUGAUCUUUUUUAUCGCCCCCAGGGCCCCACCGGGGAUCGGUCAGGGGUCCCCAAAAAGGAAAAAGGGUAAAAUUAUUAGGCCCCUUAGGUUUGAUAAGGGGUUUAAAGCGUCCAUUGUUUUUUAUAGUAAAUGUCUUUUUCUGCUGAUGUAAAAAAAGGGCCAAAAAAAAAAAAAAAAAAAAAAAAAAAAAAAAAAAAACAAAAAAAAAAAAAAAAAAAAAAAAAACAAAAAAAAAAAAAAAAAAAAAAAAAAAAAAAAAGGGGAAAAAAAAAAAAAAAAAAAAAAAAAAAAAAAAAAAAAAAAAAAAAAAAAAAAUAAAAAAAACACCAAUAGUCAAUUUUGGGGGUUUGGGGAAGCGGGAAGGCAUUCCUGUUGGCCCAGGGGCCCCGAAGGCCCAGAGGGGAAGGGGGCUUGGGUUUCCGGGCCCAAAGGGGGGCCAGGGGGCAGGGGUGGGGGCCCGGGGGUUUGGGGGAAAAGCCCCAACCUCCCCUCCCCCAAACCAAAAAUCCGGGGGCCCCCAGGGAAGGGUGGGUGUUUUGUCCCCCCGUUUUUUUUGGACCCAAAGGGCUGGGGUUUUAAACUCCGGGCCGGUAAUAUUGGUUUGGAGCCUGAAAACACCCCAAAAAAGAAAAUAUGUUUGGAAAGCGGGGGGAAAUCCGGCUGCAAAUUAAUUUUGGGAAAAAGGGCCCCAAGAAAGAAUCAGUUUUUAAAGGAGGGGGGGGGGUCCGGGGGGGGGGUUGGGGGUCGGGGCCGGGGGCAGGGCCCCGGGGAAAACGGGGGGGUCCCAAGGGGGGGCAGUCCAAGGGGGGGUUUGGGUUCCCGGAUGGAGGGGCGACGGGUAGGGUGGGGUAAAGGGGGACGUUCGGGGGCGGGCCUGGGGAAAAAAAAAACCGAAAUUAAUGGGAAAAGUAAGUGGGGGGAAAUUUUCUUUUGGAGGAAAAAAAGAGUGAGGAGGAGGGGUAAAGUGGAAAUGAGUCCAGGGCAGGUCAAAGGGCGGCGGGGGCAGUAAAAAAGGUGGGGAAAAACCGGGAGUCAGAGCGCAGACAGGCAGGUUACUGGUCCGGGUUUGAAGACGAUCUGACAGGGCUUGGCUGAAAAACAGGGCUUGAUAUACUGGAGAGGUUAGUGGGGAAAUGCAGUUCAGCUGGCAGAGUAAUAGAACAGAGUGAGGCAAGGUGAGGAUGGUGAGUGGGAAAUGCAGUGCAGCUGGCCAGGUAACAAGAGCAGAGCAGGGCGGAGCCAGGUGGAGCUCGUUAGGCAGAGUAGGGAGAGAGUGAGCAGAGUGGCAGAGAAUUGAAUGCAAUUAAUGUUGCUACCAGGGAGGAGAGAGUGCUCAUGACAGGACCCCCCCUCCAAGGGACGGCCCCAGAAGUCCCAAAGAACAACAUCAUGCCGGGAGGGUGGAGGGGAGCAGGCGGCGGGUCAGAACUCCUCCGAGCGGUCCGAGUGAAUCUCCUCAUCCUCAGAAGGAGCUGGAGGGUCACGGUCGGGAGACAGGACAGGCACUGAGACAGGAGCAGGGUCAGGCACAGGACAGGAAGCAGGGCGGGCAGGACGGCUAGGAACCCCUCUUGGACGGCCCCUACGGAUUGCAGGCUGAUCAGGAUGUAGUCGGUGGAAGUCAGUGAUAAGGGUCCGGUCCACUAUCCUCCUGGCCGGGAUCCAGGUCCUCUCCUCUGGACCAUAUCCCUCCCAGUCAACGAGGUACUGGAGACCCCUACCCCUUCGCCUAGAGCGGAGCAGCCGCCGGACGGUGAAGACAGGACCGCCAUCUACGAGGCGCGGAGGAGGUGGCGCCGGAGCUGCAGGGACCAGGGGACUUUCAUGGACCGGCUUGACCUUGGAGACGUGGAAGGUGGGGUGGACCCGCAUGGAAGCGGGCAACUGAAGUCGGACCGCCGUUGGACUGAUGACUUUCUGCACAGGAAAAGGACCAAUGAAGCGAGGGGCCAGCUUUCGUGAUUCAACCCGCAGCGGCAGAUCCCGGGCAGACAGCCAGACCUUCUGACCAACCCGGUAAGUAGGUGCUGGGGUCCUCCGUCGGUUGGCACCGACGGCGUAGCUGGUUCCAGACUUCAGGAGCACAGUGCGAGCCUGGGCCCAAGUGCGGCGGCAGCGGCGGGCAUACGCAAGAGCAGACGGACAGGUGGCAUCCGCCUCCUGGCUGGCAAACAGUGGAGGUUGAUACCCGUAGACACACUGAAAGGGGGAGAGCCCGGUGGAGGAACUGGUGAGUGAAUUAUGGGCAUAUUCCACCCAGAGCAGGUGUUGAGCCCAGGCCCGGGGAUUUUGGGAAGCCACACACCUCAGUGCCUUCUCCAGCUCCUGGUUCAUGCGUUCAGUCUGGCCGUUUGACUGCGGGUGGAAUCCAGACGAUAGGCUGGCGGUGGCCCCAAGGAGAUGACAGAACUCCUUCCAAAAGGUUGCUGAGAAUUGCGGGCCCCGGUCUGACACUAUAUCCUGGGGUAGGCCAUGGAUACGAAACACAUGUUCCAGGACCACCUGGGAGGUCUCUUUAGCAGAGGGUAGUUUGGGAAGGGGCACGAAGUGGGUCAUCUUACUAAAGCGGUCAACAAUGGUAAGGAUGACUGUGUGUCCGUCAGAGGGCGGAAGGCCCGUAACAAAGUCCAGUGAAACGUGGGACCAGGGCCUCUUGGGUAUGAGUAGGGGUUGCAGCAACCCAGCAGGAGGCUGGUUGGGGGUCUUGUUACGGUUACAAGUGGGACAAGCUCGGAUGAAUUCUCGGACCUCCCGUCUCAUCCGCCGCCACCAGAACCGCUGGCGGACCAGAUGAAGGGUGCGAGUGAUGCCGGGAUGACAGGCCAGACGGGAUUCGUGCCCCCACUGAAUCACAGGUGACCUGAGAUUUGCUGGAACAAACAGACGGUUGGGGGCGCUGGUGCUUGGACCUGGCUGGUCCCGAAGAGCCUCCAUGACCUGCUUCUCGAUCUCCCAGGUGAGGGCCGCUACGACCAAGUGGCUGGGAAGAAUGGGGGCUGUCAUGGCGGUGGUCUCGUCCUUCUGAAACAUCCGGGAAAGAGCAUCAGGUUUGAUGUUGCGAGAUCCCGGGCGGUAGGAGAGCGUGAAAUUGAAGCGCGUAAAGAACAGAGACCACCGCUGUUGACGGGAGUUCAGCCUCCUGGCUGUUUGGAUAUACUCCAGGUUCUUGUGGUCUGUCCACACUACGAAUGGUUCCUUUGACCCCUCUAACCAGUGCCGCCAUUCUUCAAGGGCGAGCUUGACAGCCAACAGCUCGCGGUUCCCAAUGUCGUAGUUGCAUUCGGCAGGGGUUAGCCGACGGGAGUAGAAGGCACAGGGGUGCAUCUUGCCAUCCUCAGCUGCUCUUUGAGAAAGCACUGCACCCACUCCCACGUCCGAAGCAUCUACCUCCACCACAAACUGCCUUGCUGCAUCUGGCAUCUGGAGGAUGGGAGCAGAAGUGAAACAUGUCUUGAGGAUAUUGAAGGCCUUAUCAGCAGCUGAUGUCCAUUGGUACGGUUGUUUAGUGCUGGUUAGCGCCGUGAGGGGUGCAGCCACUGUGCUAUAGUUUCUGAUGAAUCUCCUAUAAAAGUUGGCAAAGCCCAGGAACUGUUGCAACUUUUUCCGAGACUCAGGAACUGGCCAGGAAGUGACAGCCGACACCUUCGUGAGAUCCAUCUGAAUGCUGCCCUCGGUCACCACAUACCCCAGGAAUGAAACGGUUUUGGCAUGGAACUCGCACUUCUCUGCCUUCACGAAAAGAGAGUUCUCCAGCAGGCGGCGCAGGACCAACUGGACGUGGUGCGUGUGUUCUGACAGAGUCUUUGAGAAUAUUAAAAUAUCGUCAAGGUACACAAAUACGAACGUAUUUAGCAUGUCCCUGAGGAUAUCAUUCACUAGGGCUUGAAAAACUGCUGGGGCAUUGGUGAGGCCGAAGGGCAUGACGAGAUAUUCAUAGUGGCCGGUUGGUGUGUUGAACGCUGUCUUCCAUUCGUCUCCCUCCCUCAUCCGCACCAGAUGGUAGGCAUUGCGAAGGUCCAGCUUUGUGAAUACAGUGGCUCCCUGCAGCAGUUCGAAGGCAGACGAAAGUAAGGGCAGUGGGUAGCGAUUCUUAACCGUGAUGUCGUUCAGACCCCGGUAAUCUAUGCAUGGACGAAGAGAACCGUCCUUCUUGCCGACAAAGAAGAAUCCCGCUCCUGCGGGGGAAGAUGACGGUCUAAUUAUCCCGGCGGCAAGAGAGUCAUUAAUGUAGUCCUCCAUGGCCUUUCUUUCCGGGGCUGACAGUGAAUACAGACGACCCUUGGGAGGUGCUGUGCCAGGCAGGAGAUCAAUCGCGCAGUCAUAGGGUCUGUGUGGGGGUAGAGAUGUCGCCUUGGAUUUGUUGAACACCUCUUUCAGGCUGUGGUAACAGGCCGGAACAUUGGAUAUGUCGGGGGGUAGCGCUAGAUCUUUCCCGGUGAACGGGCAGGGUGGCCCCCCUUAAACAGGUCUGGUGACAACUCCUUCCCACUCACGGACUGUUCCUGUCUCCCAGUCGAUGUGGGGGUUGUGCUGACGGAGCCACGGGUAUCCAAGAAUGAGUGGUUGGCCAGGUGAGUGUAGGAGGUGAAACUGGAUGGACUCCUGGUGGUUUUCCUGACAGCAGGAUUGUCACAGGGGCGGAGAUAUGAGUGACAGUGCCAAGAUGAUGCCCAUCCAGGGCUCGUGCAGGAAUGGGUUGUGUCAGUUGAUGAUGGUUCACGCCCAGUUGCUGUGCAAGCUCAGGGUCCAUGAUGUUUGCUUCGGCUCCGGAAUCCACAAGGGCGGCCAAUGUAUGAGUCUUGUCAGAAAGCUGAAGGCGGAGAUGAAGCAGGGUCUUUCGGAUGGAGGGAGACUGAAGGCUUGUUGAGCUCACCCGGAUCUCCCCUACACCUGGUGAGCUGCGGCUUUUGCCGGACAAGUGGCAGGUGAUUUUGCCCCCCCCAGUGGGGGGUUGGAGCUUAGGGCCGAGUCCCGGGAUCAAGGGCCCGGGCCCAAUUUGGAUGAGUCUUGGGCGGGGGAAAAGGGGCGGAAGAAGCGGUUUUAUGGGGGGGAGAGGUUGCUACCCUCUCCCCCCCUGGGGUCCCUUUUGCCCGGGCAAGGGCGAAAGGUAAAACGCCACAAGGGGAGGCGGGGUUGGGCGUUUUUGUUUGCCGCCAGGCUAGGAGGAAGGCGCACCAUGCCCCGGUUUUGAGUUUUGGCAGGGACGAAAGCAUGGAGAAAGUUGCCAUGUGUUUCCCCCGGUGGGUGAGAGGCUUUUACCUUCGGGCUGUUAGCCGGUCAAAGCCAAACCCCCAAAAGGCAAUGGGGGCACAGGUGGGGGGCCGGGAAAACCGCGUUUAAAAAGUCGCCGGGGGUUUUUUUUAGGGAACCCCCCCACCGGCCCCUUUAAACCGGCUUUGCAAAAGGGUUACGAAAGUAUUUUUUGGGUUUGCCACCCGUUGGGCCAUUUUUUCGGAGGGGGGAUUGGGGGAAUGGGGGCCCGGGGUUGGGACCUAGGAAAAAAUAAAUCUUCCAAAGGCCCUGAGGGGGGACGGGGUUUUGGGGUUGGGGCCGGUCGUUUGCGUUUAAAAGUGGGGGGGAAGAGGUGUAGAAAAACCAUUAGGCUCCCUCAGAGGCCGGGGUGUAGGGACACUGGGUUUUCCAGUGGUCAGGGGGGUGGUGGGGCCCCGAGGGGGUUGCCCCACAAAAGGGGCCGGGGUUCCAAUUUUUUUUGGGUUUUAGGGGGGAAGGGGGAGGGGUGCAGGGGUUUUAGGGUUGGGGGCUCGGGGUUUUAGGGUCCCCUGGGGAAACCGGGGGGGACCCGGGGGGGGGUAAAUUGCAGGGUUUGGAAAUAGGGGGGGGGGGUUGGGAAGCGUUGGGGGCGAUUGGGGGUUGGAGACUGGGGGGAAAAACACCCAGCAUUUAUGGGCCCCUCAGAGGGGGGGCAAAAAGGGUAAAAAGGGCAGAAAACCGGUUCCACGGCGGGAGUGCGGGUCCAGAGGCAGGUGGGUAGACGGGGAGGACAAGGGGGCAGUCAAAAAUCGGUUUUUAAAAAAGGGGUUUUAGAGCGAAAAAGGCAGGGGGCGGGUUUAGGUCUGGGGCUUUGGGGGGUUUUCGGGGGGGGUUGUGGGGGGGUUUCUUUGGGGGUAAAGCGGUGAGGGCAAGGGGAGGGGGUGGUGGGUCCCCGGGGUGGAGGGCGGCGGGCGGGGGGUGGAGCCCUUGGGGAGAUGGGGGGGAGCGGGGAAAAAAAGCAAAUUUUUAAGGGGGGGAGAGUCAGACCCAAAAUGUUUAAGGGCAAAACAAAUUCCGGAAAUUAGGGGCGAAGAAAACCAAGUUGCGGCCAAAAGUCGGGGAAACCGAAAAAGAGCAGUUAGAAGCCGAUACAAGGGUCAGGCAAGGAGGGACCCGUGGGUUUUAAAACCACCUAAAAAGGGCUUUUUAGCAAUAAUGAAAUGGCAGGCAGAAGUACAAGAUCCCGGGCUGGGGCAAAUAUCGUGUGAAGACAGACCGCAGAAAUCGAGUUACGCGGAGGGUCCUGAAGAUCGGAGAGUGGAAGAUCGGAGAGGUCCGGCAGAAGGCAGGUCGGGAUAGACGGGGCAGUAGAACAAGGAGGCAGUCAAGAAAGGAUCGGUAUCACAAACAGGAGUCAGAGCGCAGACAGGCAGGUUACUGGUCCGGGUUUGAAGACGAUCUGACAGGGCUUGGCUGAAAAACAGGGCUUGAUAUACUGGGAGAGGUUAGUGGGGAAAUGCAGUUCAGCUGGCAGAGUAAUAGAACAGAGUGAGGCAAGGUGAGGAUGGUGAGUGGGAAAUGCAGUGCAGCUGGCCAGGUAACAAGAGCAGAGCAGGGCGGAGCCAGGUGGAGCUCGUUAGGCAGAGUAGGGAGAGAGUGAGCAGAGUGGCAGAGAAUUGAAUGCAAUUAAUGUUGCUACCAGGGAGAGAGAGUGCUCAUGACAUAAUUUUUCCAACAAUUGUUUACAGACAGAUUAUUUCACUUAUAAUUCACUGUAUCACAAUUCCAGUGGGUCAGAAGUUUACAUACACUAAGUUGACUGUGCCUUUAAACAGCUUGGAACAUUCCAGAAAAUGAUGUCAUGGCUUUAGAAGCUUCUGAUAGGCUAAUUGACAUCAUUUGAGUCAAUUGGAGGUGUACCUGUGGAUGUAUUUCAAGACCUACCUUCAAACUCAGUGCCUCUUUGCUUGACAUUUUCUGCAAGACCUCAGAAAAAAAAUUUGUAGACCUCCACAAGUUUGGUUCAUCCUAGUAUGCAGGUAUAAACACCAUGGGACCACGCAGCCAUCAUACCGCUCAGGAAGGAGACACGUCCUGUCUCCUAGAGAUGAACGUACUUUGGUGCAAAAAGUGCAAAUCAAUCCCAGAACAACAGUAAAGGACCUUGUGAAGAUGCUGGAGGAAACAGGUACAAAAGUAUCUAUAUCCACAGUAAAACGAGUCCUAUAUUUGACAUAACCUGAAAGGCCGCUCAGCAAGGAAGAAGCCACUGCUCCAAAACCGCCAUAAAAAAGCCAGACUACAGUUUGCAACUGCACAUGGGGACAAAGAUUGUACUUUUUGGAGAAAUGUCCUCUGGUCUGAUGAAACAAAAAUAGAACUGUUUGGCCAUAAUGACCAUCGUUAUGUUUGGAGGAAAAAGGGGGUUGCUUGCAUGCCGAAGAACACCAUCCCAACCGUGAAGCACGGGGUAGGCAGCAUCAUGCUGUGGGGGUGCUUUACUGCAGGAGGGACUGGUGCACUUCACAAAAUAGAUGGCAUCAUGAGGAAGGAAAAUUAUGUGGAUAUAUUGAAGCAACAUCUCAAGACAUCAGUCAGGAAGUUAAAGCUUGGUCGCAAAUGUGUCUUCCAAAUGGACAGUGACCCCAAGCAUACUUCCAAAGUUGUGGCAAAAUGGCUUAAGGACAACAAAGUUAAGGUAUUGGAGGGGCCAUCACAAAGCCCUGACCUCAAUCCUAUAGAAAAUGUGUGGGCAGAACUGAAAAAGAGUGUGCGAUCAAGGAGGCCUACAAACCUGACUCUGUUACACCAGCUCUGUCAGGAGGAAUGGGCCAAAAUUCACCCAACUUAUAUAUAUAUAUAUAUAUAUAUAUAUAUAUAUAUAUAUAUAUAUAUAUAUAUAUAGUGGGCUACACUCAUCAGACCAUGUAGCCAAAACCCACCCCAAAUACUGCACCAUACUGCAGGGUCUAGGAGACUAUAUUUUGCUUCACCAUUCUUUUAUGAUUAUUUGUGUUAAUUAUAUUAACAUACUAUAUGUGUGUGUUUAUUAACCAUUAAAUAACUGCUUGCGAGAAAUUGUGUGAUUGUCUUGCAUCGUCUGAGUGUGUAGACACUGAGUAAGAAUGGGCAGCAUUGCGUCCCUCAUUAUGGGCAGUUUCAUGCCCUUACAGCCAGAAUCUGGAGGUAACCAAACAAAACUCAAAAACUGUAUGCGAUAUAUUUGCCAACGGUUUUGGCACAUUCAAGAUUAAUGUUAAGUUUUAACAUCUGACAGAAAAUUUUAAAUAAUCUAUUUUGUAUUAAUUGACACUCUAAUAUGGAAAUGAACCAAAACUAAUUCCUGAUUUGAACACACUGACAAUAUUUCACUAUUUCCCCUUUCCUUGUUCUGUAGGGUUUAGAUGGCCCUACUGCUGAAAAGGGGGUUUCUGGGCCCCCUGGCCCCAUUGGAUUACCAGGCGCAAUGGUACGCAAUGGUGCCCCUCAGACUGCAUCUGACCAUACAGUAUGCAGUGUCUGACCUGGCAUUGGGGAGCAGUGAAAUACUGUUCACAAUACUAUUCAUCUGUACAAUGUUGAUUGGGUGUACAGUAGUGUUUUAUUCAUGCUAGCCAUGAUGUGAGUAGCCUAUGUUAACCUUGUAUUCAUGUGACUUGAUGCUUCAGGGUCAGAAGGGCGAGUCUGGAGAUAAGGGAGGAAGGUCAGACAUGGUAAGGGCUCCCCUUCACUGUGUAUCUCAUGUGUUUUUAAUUACCCAGGCGUGUUUGAGUGAACUUGAGAGGGGUCAGAUUCAGAGGACGUGAUGUUAGAGUGAACCCACUAAUGAGGAAGUGUAUGCAUUAAUGUCUUUAGGUCUAUGGGCCUCCAGGGCCUCCAGGGCCCCAAGGACCAGUUGGCCCCGCGGUGAGUACACUACAGUUUGCAUGCUAUUAGGUAAUAUAAGCCCUCAGAAAUAUCUAUAAAACCUACUGAUAAUAUGUCAUAUUUACAUGAAGUGAUUGACAGGAAUUGUUUAUUUUACCCCUCAGGGACCUGAGGGACUGGGAGGGCCAAAGGUAAGAGUUGAUUGUGGUAGCUUCUGUUAUGUCUUACUGUACCUCCAGAAUCCUUUGAUACUGUAGUGUUCAGUACUCUCUCAAAUCAGUGGUUUUAGUAAGUUAGUGUAAUGCCUAUGUAGUAAACGUGAAUCAUGUAUUUUCUGUGCCUCUUUUAGGGGGAGCCAGGCAUAGGCAUACGGGGAGAGAAGGGAGCAUCUGGUUCGAAGGGCGAUAAAGGGGACAGGGGCCAUCUUGGACUUCCUGUAAGUACACCAAUUUUACCAUCCCUUUGACCAUUUUACCAUUAUAAGUUGUAUUUCGACUCCUGGAAACCAAAAUAGAGUGGGCGUACUGUUUGUUCAGGCUUUUGUGUCUUAGAACCAGGCAGCAUGACUGUUCUGAUGUUGUCAUGUCGCUUUAUAACUAGGCCUAACCAAGGAUGGUUUGAUGGCUCAAUAGUUGCAUUAAUGUUUUCAAAGUGCAUGGAUGGAUGGUUGCUGCAAUCCAAUACAUAAGGGCAAUAAAAAUCACUAAUAUGAAAACUAAAAAAUGUAAUCUACAAUACACAUUACCAUUGUCAUAUUUUUCAGAUAACUCAGUAAUGAUAAUUAUGUGAUAGAAAGAGUUAAUGAUAAUUUUCUUCAUUAUGCCAACUUUUGUUUCGUUUUCUGAUAAUCUCUCUGAAAUUCUGUAAAAUGUAGUCUCUUUUAGUUCUAUUUUUAGUUGCAUGUUAAGGAAUACGUUUGAUAUGUAUCACUGGGGGGUCUCUUCCUUACUUCUGGUUUACUUCUUGGGAGUCAAAGGUCAUUGUUGAUAUUCAGUACAUGUUCUAGUCACAUCAUCAAUGGCACAGUAACUCCUUUUAUAUGGAAAUGAUGAGGGAUAUUAUGUAUAUGCUAAUCAAUGUUGAUACAAGACAUGCUAUUUUAAAAUCAUCAUAGACACUCAUAUCUUCACACUUCUCUGCACUCAAAUUCAAACUGCUUUCUAUAUGGGCAUCAACCAUAGAAAGAAGUUGAACCAUGCUUAUGUUUCUGAAAAACACUAUUUUAUCUAAGGUCAGGACUUAAUUAUUUGAUAGUGAUAAUCAACUGCACCUAUAAAAGGAGUUACUGACGGUAACUGUUUCUCACGUCAUCACAACACAAUCACCCUUCAUCAACAACUGGAUGUGUUUUUGAGUCACACAAAUCACUGCUUCACUCACUCACUCACUCACCCCCUACCCUCUCCCCCCUCCACACCUCCUCCACCCCUUCUCCAACCACCUCCCUUCCAUCUCUCCAUCUUUGCUCUCUAACUGUUUACACCCUGUCCAGGGGGCUCAUGGUUUAGACGGCAGGCCUGGUCCAGUGGUGAGUGGCGCAAGUCCUGUACCCACCCAACACACAUUCCUCCCCUACCCCACCUCCUCCUCUAUUGUGCUCCCCCCAUGGCUUGCUUGCAUGUCUGUCUGCGCUGGUGUCUUGUCUGUCUGCCUGCUUGCCUUUCCUCCAUGCUUGUCCUGUCUGUCCUGUCUUGUAGUCUGUCUGGUUGUCUGCAGAGAGAGCAGUUCAGUUUUUAGUAAUUUUUUUUGAGGAUUGCUCUGGCAUAGGGAUGAUGUUCACAUGACUGUGUCCCAUGUCUGUCUGGCAUUGGAACGUGUUAGGGUACUAAAAUGGGCCAUUUGAUGCUUCUGCUCUUAGUGUGUAUAUGCUUUAAAGUAGUAAAGUGAAAUAAAUACUCCCCCUUGUACAUAACAGCCUGAAUCCUAACUUGAGAUUUGCAUGGGUAACCCAGACUUUUGCGUAAAUCAUGUGUUGACGUCAAUGGAAGAUUUAUAAGGACAAUUGAGUUACGCAUUCAGAUCUCAAGAUUCAGCCUACUUGCAUAAAGUCAUGACAAACUGUUUGAGUGUCAGAGUCCAUGCCAUUGCAAAUCUUCAAAACAUACCGUUGUAAUUCUCCUAUGAUCGUAUGCAAGCAGUGUAAAGCUUUGAACUGGCAUUGUGAUGUCAUACCAGGAGAGCAUGCUGGGAUGCUCAUGCUGCAUGUUGAUAUGUAUACAGGACAGUAUGGCAGUAUGGCUCUGUCAUGCAAUAUGCUGUACAUGCUGUACUAUCUGCCUGAGAUGCAAGGUCCUCCUGUCGAAUCCUGACUUCCACAGGGAGAAAGAGCUGCAGCUGACCUCUUUUACUCAUCAUUAAUGUUUUUCUCCUUUUUUGUUACUGUUCAUUGUUUACCUCAACAAGCUUGGUGUAACAAGCACAGUGGGGUAACCUAGAGAACACCACUACCUAAUCAAUCAAUAGGUUAUUAUUUAAUAAUAAUUAACAUAAACAGAAUUGGGUAACUCCUCUUUUGGCACGUAAGUGCUCCAGAAAGCUUGUUGAUCUAUUAAUGAUGGAAAUGCAAUAAUCUCUUUCCUUUUAAUAUCCUCCCAUUGUAAUGUCUGCAUUCACUGAUUGUCGUCUUGUCCUUAAACUUAAAGGGUCUGAUAGGGCCAGUUGGUGUGGCAGGGCCAGCAGGACUGAAGGGAGAUAGAGUGAGUACUUACAUCACACACACACACACACACACACACACUAAAGUAGCACAUACACAUCACAUAAGAGCUAUCAGUCAAAACAGAGCUUAUUUAUCUAUUUGAGAUUAAUUAUUUAUUUGUUAUUUUUCUAUCAAUUCAGGGUUACAAGGGAGAUUCCGGAGUCCCAGGACCAAUUGGGCCUCAAGGCAUCCCUGUAAGUAGUUUGUCCAAUUACCUAAGUUUCAAUAACAUCAAAUGAAUACAGUAUUGCAUUUACAGCAUUUCAUUUCUCGAUAUCUGAAAUACAAUCAACGUUGAACGAGGAAUUUGGAACAUAGCAUCAUUAGUACUUUAAACAAUCUCUUAAUUAAGUCUGAGGAAUAAUAAUAAAUAAUAUGCCAUUUAGCAGACGCUUUUAUCCAAAGCAACUUACAGUCAUGUGCACAUACAUCUUUACGUAUGGGUGGUCCCGGGAAUCGAACCCACUACCCUGGCGUUACAAGCGCCAUGCUCUACCAAUUGAGCUACAGAGGACCACAGGAAAUUGAUAGAUCAAAUUGAUUGACAGCACAAAGCUAUGACCACAGGAAAUUGAUAGAUCACAUUGAUUGACAGCACAAAGCUAUUACCAACUCAGUGGCCUUGUGGUUAACGUGUCUGGCCUGAGAUUGGAGGGUUGGGAGUUCGAUCCCUGUCCGAGUCAUACCAAGCACUGUAAAAAUGGGAUCCGAUGUGUCACUAAGGAAAUAGAUUGGGGGUAAGGCCCUGCGAUAGUGUUCUGUCCGGGGGUGUACUUGUACAUCAAGCUUCCUCACACGAGGAGAUAGGCUCUGCAAGGCUACUUACUUCACUUACAAAGCUAUUACUCAAGGUAAUGUCUCUGAUUGCUUGCACAGGAAAUCAUAUUGUGUUUAAUUUCCUCUUCUCAGGGUUUAGUAGGACCACAAGGAUUCAAAGGGAACCGGGUAAGAUAACAGCUGAUAAUUAUGUGCUUGUAAUGCUCUCUUGGAGUACAAUGUGCUUCUAACCAGAGGACAAUACCUCUGAUAAACUAUGGGAUUUAAAAUUGCUGCUGAACCUCCAUGCUCCUACUCCACUCAACACUAGAUAUACUCCCAACCAAAAUGAGCGAAGGUAUUCUUCAUUGAAAAGUACUAAUCUGAAAGACUAUAGUCAUUUUUCAUUUGUCUUUUUGGUUAUUCAAGAUCCAUAAUAGAAUGUAGUCCCCUGUAGCUCAGUUGGUAGAGCAUGGCGCUUGCAACGCCAGGGUUGUGGGUUCGUUUCCCACGGGGGGCCAAUAUGACAAAUGUAUGCACUGGAUAAGAGCGUCUGCUAAAUGACUAAAAUGUAAAAUAAUAGUUAAUCAUCAAUCAAUCAUUUGGAAGCCCAUUGGGAUGUCAUGUUUAUUAAGCUUAAAAGCAUGGUGGGCCUGUAUUAGGUGAUAUGAGCAGGCCCAUGGUGGAUUCAAAGGCUCUCUUAAGUAGGCAAAUCUGAAUCAAAAUGUUAUUUAAAUAUCAAUAACCUCAUCUUCUGAAUAUCCUAUGUGAAAAAUGUGUGAAAAAUAGCCUAUGAUGAGUCGUAUAGUGAAAGUGACCUUCAAUGGUGUUUUUAGUGAUGUUUGAAAAAAUUAUAUUCAUACAGUGAGGGAAAAAAGUAUUUGAUCCCCUGCUGAUUUUGUACGUUUGCCCACUGACAAAGACAUGAUCAGUCUAUAAUUUUAAUGGUAGGUUUAUUUGAACAGUGAGAGACAGAAUAACAACAAAAAAAUCCAGAAAAACGCAUGUCAAAAAUGUUAUUAAUUGAUUUGCAUUUUAAUGAGGGAAAUAAGUAUUUGACCCCUCUGCAAAACAUGACUUAGUACUUGGUGGCAAAACCCUUGUUGGCAAUCACAGAGGUCAGACGUUUCUUGUAGUUGGCCACCAGGUUUGCACAGAUCUCAGGAGGGAUUUUGUCCCACUCCUCUUUGCAGAACUUCUCCAAGUCAUUAAGGCUUCGAGGCUGACGUUUGGCAACUCAAACCUUCAGCUCCCUCCACAGAUUUUCUAUGGGAUUAAGGUCUGGAGACUGGCUAGGCCACUCCAGGACAUAAUGUGCUUCUUCUUGAGCCACUCCUUUGUUGCCAUGGCCAUGUGUUUUGGGUCAUUGUCAUGCUGGAAUACCCAUCCACGACCCAUUUUCAAUGCCCUGGCUGAGGGAAGGAGGUUCUCAACCAAGAUUUGACGGUACAUGGCCCCGUCCAUCGUCCCUUUGAUGCGGUGAAGUUGUCCUGUCCCCUUAGCAGAAAAACACCCCCAAAGCAUAAUGUUUCCACCUCCAUGUUUGACGGUGGGGAUGGUGUUCUUGGGGUCAUAGGCAUCAUUCCUCCUCCUCCAAACACGGCGAGUUGAGUUGAUGCCAAAGAGCUCGAUUUUGGUCUCAUCUGACCACAACACUUUCACCCAGUUCUCCUCUGAAUCAUUUAGAUGUUCAUUGGCAAACUUCAGACGGGCAUGUAUAUGUGCUUUCUUGAGCAGUGGGACCUUGCGGGCGCUGCAGGAUUUCAGUCCUUCACGGUGUAGUGUGUUACCAAUUGUUUUCUUGGUGACUAUGGUCCCAGCUGCCUUGAGAUCAUUGACAAGAUUCUCCCGUGUAGUUCUGGGCUGAUUCCUCACCGUUCUCAUGAUCAUUGCAACUCCACAAGGUGAGAUCUUGCAUGGAGCCCCAGGCCGAGGGAGAUUGACAGUUAUUUUGUGUUUCUUCCAUUUGCGAAUAAUCGCACCAACUGUUGUCACCUUCUCACCAAGCUGCUUGGCGAUGGUCUUGUAGCCCAUUCCAGCCUUGUGUAGGUCUACGAUCUUGUCCCUGACGUCCUUGGAGAGCUCUUUGGUCUUGGCCAUAGUGGAGAGUUUGGAAUCUGAUUGAUUGAUUGCGUCUGUGGACAGGUGUCUUUUAUACAGGUAACAAACUGAGAUUAGGAGCACUCCCUUUAAGGGUGUGCUCCUAAACUCAGCUCGUUACCUGUAUAAAAGACACCUGGGAGCCAGAAAUCUUUCUGAUUGAGAGGGGGUCAAAUACUUAUUUCCCUCAUUAAAAUGCAAAUCAAUUUAUAACAUUUUUGACAUGCGUUUUUCUGGAUAUUUUUGUUGUUAUUCUGUCUCUCACUGUUCAAAUAAACCUACCAUUAAAAUUAUAGACUGAUCAUUUCUUUGUCAGUGGGCAAACGUACAAAAUCAGCAGGUGAUCAAAUACUUUUUUCCCUCACUGUAUGUCCUUUGCCUUUCUGAGGCGAAUGUAUUUGUUUUGCAGUGGCCUUUUUACCUCAGAGUUCAAUUCAUCUUGUUAAAAUAUGCAAAUAUGACUGAGGUAGUAUAAAUUAAGACAGGGGAUCAAAAGAGAUUGAAGAUGUUUGUACUUGAUAAUGAGAGGACUGGAACAUGUGAAUGGACACAUCAAAGACCUUAGAAAAUUACAUGCUGUUUACUUUGAAGACAAGUCAAAAAGGUGUCCUCUUUUACAUUGUCCGACCUAGAUUUACCUUGUACUGUCGUAUCUGAACAUUUUAUUCUUAAAGUAAUCACAGAAUGCUACACUCUCAUUUUGUAAAAUAGCCACUGCAAAAAAAUAAAAAUGUAUCUGCACUUUAAUUAUACCAAUGUUUUAAAUAAUAUUUGGUUAAUAUACACAUGUCCCCCCUUCCCCUUGGAGAAUGUUUGUUUCCUUCCUAUUAACAUGACUUAAUAUUCUGACUCCCACCUUAAAAGUCACGACAUGUCAUUGACCCUCUCAGCACUUCCAACUGGGCUCAUGUCAGCAGGAAAUAUCUGACAUUGACAGUUAUGGCUACUUCCUAUCUGUGGAUCAAAUGUAUUUGCUGCUCAAUUGGGGUGUAAAGAAGGGGAAAAGAGAUUGAUAUUAUGAGGUAUUUUGCUAUACCAGUUGGAGGUGCUGUGGCCGGCUGUGGGAUCGUGGUGCUGUUUUUACUCUUGUCCUGUCUUCCUUUGUUUCCGCAGGUCUUCCUAUCCCCUUUUCCUCCCCUCCACCCUGCUCUGUUUCCCGUGGCUCUUUUUACCGGGUCGUGUUGCCCUCUCUCUCCCUCUCACACACCCUGGCAACCUGCUCCUCCUGCAUUCUAAUGUCGUAGUCCCGGGUUAAUCUUCUUCCUCCUCCUUCUACUCCUCCUCCUCUUACCACUUACCUUCCCUGCAAGCCUGCCUGUAAUUUCCUUUCCCUUGACUGACAGGUAAUGUUCUCACAACGUUGCCACAACGUUAGCCAAUGUUGAUGGUUUUCAGGCAACGUUGAGGCAACGUUGUGAGAGCAUUAUAUGUUAGCCAGGGUUUAUUAUCCUUCCAAUUCCAAUUCCUUCUUGAUAAACUCGUCCAACCCCUAAUCCAACCCCUUCAAAGGCCUUGAUCUUGGUGAGCGAAUGUUUGAAUAAUAAUGUGGUCAGGUUUUAUCCAUAUAUAAUAUCUAUAAUAGUUUACAAGGUUCGCUUUGGUUGGAAAUAUGAUACAAUAAGUACUAGCCUCCUUUAUUUGAUCUGUUCCCAGUAGACAACUAGGUUAAUGAAUUCUGAAUUUAUUGUAAAUCACACAUUCUCAUGGAGGCACGAUCCAAUAGAUCCACCUAAUAUAGGCUGUAGGUGCAUUAUGUAACAAUUCCACGUGUAGCCCUUCACGUCCAUUAUAUAACUGCAACUUCAGCAGUAAAGGAAUGCCAUUUCUUGAGAGUAAAAAUAUUAGCUUUUGAAGUACUGUAAGUGGCUUGUUUACUUGUUGCCAGCUAGUAGCCUGUCCAGCCACCUUCAGUGUACACAAACAAACAGUGUAUUUUUCCGCUGUUUCACAAUUGAAAUAGUCUUUUUUGGAUUUGGAUAAGGGAAAAUAGUAGAACUACCGGUAUGAACUAUUCGGUAUUUCUAUGCCAUAUUUUGCACAAUGCUUGGUAGAAUGCAAUUAUUAAUGCAAUUGUGUAUUGUUGGACAACUGGACAUAAUCAAUGUUGUCUUUACUCAAAGGAUGGCUUGUGGUCAAGUUCUUUGCCAGGCCUUGAGUACAAUAUCUGCAAUGAAACUCGCAAUAGAUGACAGUGCACCACAGAGAGCUCAGCAAAUUUGGUAAUAGCCUGCUUUAUAAAUAUGAUAUGACAAUUAAGAUAUUGUUGUGGUACUGUAUGGCUCAUGAAUGUUAUGUUGUGUUAGGGCUAGUGAUACCCUUAUAAUAUGCUAUAGUAGUUGAUGAACCAAUGAAAUGUUUCCAUCCCUGCAACAAGUCUGUGAGUAUUACCUUAGGCACUAAAGGAACCCGCUCACCAAUAGCAUUGGCCUGUAUCGCUACUCCCUAACUCCCUCCACUUACUUUCCCCACCACUAAAUUCUUAAACUUCAGUACUCUUCUUCGUAAGCCCAAAAAAGCACAUCAUCCUUACUUUUAUGGUCUUUCAAUAUCUGUAAAAUGUCUAAAUUACUUAGGUAAGAAUUCAAGCUUCAUGAUUUCAAAAAGCAAACAUAUUUGCUUACCGUGUGGGCGAGCCAGCCAGGAGGAACUAAAAGCCUGUCUCUUGUAAUGCACUGUUGUUUGCAGGGAGAGAGGGGCAAGAAAGGCAACAGGGGAACCAAAGGGGAUAAGGGGGACCAAGGAGCACCCGGAUUAGAUGCCCCCUGUCCGUUGGUAUGUCCUGCGUUCAAUGUGCAGCCAGGAGGCAAAAGGAAGGAGCGACCCUCAGAAUAUCACAUCACCUGCACUGACAACCAGGAGUCUCUGGAUUCUGAUCCUGACUUCCUUUUGCCUCUUAACCGACUCUAAUAGACCCUGAAGUGGUUUUGGUCCAAGCGUCCUCUACAGUAUUAGUCCAGAGAUACAAACUGCAGUAGUGAUAAUGAUUUGGUAUUCAUUGAAUGACUGGAUGAUUAUUAGUUAAUUAUUAGAAUAAUCACCCCAGGAUCAGGGACCAUGAACCAUCUAAGGCGGUUUUCUUUUCAGGGUUAAGACUAACAGAAACAUGGCCCACUUACUCCAGUGAGUCUGUUCCUGUCAGUCCCAGGCCGCCUGCAUGUUUAGGUGUGUCUGUAGCUACAGGCUUCGGUCUGCUAACGGAGCGGCAGCAGGUCCUCUCAUCGGCCAGCAGGGGGUACUGCUGCUAAAGGAGGGGCAAUGUGCAGAUGUUUACAAGGUUGAUUUCACGAACAGGGUUUCCGAGGCUUUAAAGGAGAAAAGGGUGAACCAGGCCUACCUGGCCUGGACGGGCUGGAUGCCCCUUGUCCUGUGGUAUGCUUCCGCUCUCCCUUCCCUAUCCAGCAUGCUUUGGCUUCCCUAACCACCCCCUAACAAUUCCAUUCAUUUUCUUAUUCACUUUAGGCAUAAGUAACAGGCAAUAUAAC